ACACACAGAAUGGCUAGCUCGGGUCGACUCAACAUUAGAGUCUAACUCCGUACUAAUACUAUCUUUUAUCAUCAGACAACCUGACAAUAAAUGUUCCAUUGUAGCAGCCAGCUCAACUUUUCUUAAGUUGCUUCAAAGAACGUACUUCAUGGCCACUGGUAUAUUGACUCUAAGUUGACGGCUAUCUGACUAUCCCUCGAAGGAUUAUUUUACCUGAAUUCAUUACGUUAUUACGCUACAAGCGUCGGUUUUCGAAAACUCGCUCCUGCUACCCUUUCCGGCUCACAAUUGCUUAUCGGUUAAGAACAAGCAUGUCUGCAUCUCCGAGCAAGGACGAGUCAAGGAGCGAUUAUGUUGCCAAUCGCACUCCUGUCGACGCUAAUAUAGACCACACUUCGUCUAUGAGAUAUUGGAAUAAGACCCCAGCAACGGUUAAUGCCAUGCUAGGUGACCUUGGUAGCUUCUCAUGGUAUUCACGUAUUGAUCUGCGCGGUUCGGCGAAUUUCUUAGCCAAGGUUCGUCGAUUAGUACCAAGUACUAUGACUCAGAAAAGAUUCAAGCUCGGUGUAGAUUGUGGCGCAGGUAUAGGACGUGUGACCAGUGGUCUUCUCCAGCAGGUUUGUGAAGUCGUGGAUGCGGUAGAGCCAGUAGAGAAUUUUGCUUCUCUUCUACGGCAAGCGCCGUUAAACGAACAUGGAUCAGUUGGAGAUAUCUAUGUCACAGGCUUGGAAAACUGGUAUCCUACGAAGAAAUAUGACCUAAUUUGGUGUCAAUGGUGUAUUGGUCAUAUUACAGAUACACAACUGACCGAGUAUCUCGUGCGCUGUCGGGCUGCAUUGACGGAGACUGGAAUUAUGAUCAUUAAAGAGAAUAUAUCGUCGGAUCCCGCCGGAAAUGAUAUGUAUGACGACUUGGACAGCAGCGUAACGAGAUCGGACCGGAAGUUUCGAGAAAAAUUUAAAGAGUCGGGGAUGACCUUAGUCACAUCGGAGAUACAAGGGGGGUUUCCGAAGAAAUACAAACUUCUUCCGGUCCGAUCUUAUGCCUUGCGACCGCAGACCAGGGCCUAAGCGAUUUUCAGUGGCCAACGUUUCUGAACAAUUCUCAUACCAUUGGACAUUGGGAAGCCAAUGUCGUUCCAAUAAAACAUUCGAACCUGCUGUUGCCGCUACGAAGCAGCGGAUAGUCUUGUGCAGCGACAUCAUACAGUACGUAGCAUUUUAU